CGGACCAAACUGUGACGCUCCCUCCCCCUUAUCUUCUCUCUCUCUCUCUCUCUCUCUCUCUAACCCUCUGUAGAAAUGACUUGUGGUGCUAUCAAACCAUUGUCAAUGGCCGAGUGUUGUAUAAUAACCUCUGUUCCGGCACUAUUCACUUCCAAAACCCAACACCCAUUACUCUCAAUCCCCUCAAAAACAAUCAAACUCACCCAUCUCUCAUGCUCAUUAUCAUCUCUUUCUGCUUCAUUCCAUUCAUCUUCAUGGGUCUCUCUCAGACCCAAGAUUACGUCAUCAUCAUCAUCAUCGGGUGUGGUCUCGUUCGUUGCGCAGACCUCAGAUUGGGCCCAACAAGAGGGCGAAGAACAGAACCCAAUUGAUGGGUUCAAGUGGGGAGACGAGACUUUGGCGGAAACGGAGGCCACUGCUACUUCUUGGGAAGGUGAGGGUGGAGAAGAUAGAGGAGAGGGAAUCAGAGAUGGUGGGGUUUUGGAGGAGAGUGAAGAAGAGUCCUAUCCUGAGCCAUCUGAAGAGGCUAAGAUUUUUGUUGGGAAUUUGCCUUAUGACAUUGAUAGUGAGAAAUUGGCUCAGCUUUUUGAUCAGGCUGGUAUUGUUGAGAUUGCUGAGGUAAUUUACAAUAGGGAAACGGAUCAGAGUCGAGGUUUUGGAUUCGUAACUAUGAGUACUGUCGAAGAAGCUGAGAAGGCUGUUGAGAUGUUCCACCGUUAUGAAAUAAAUGGAAGGUUUUUGACUGUAAAUAAGGCUGCUCCAAGAGGGUCACGCCCAGAAAGACCUUCUGGAGCGAUUGAACCUUCUUUCAGAAUUUACAUUGGUAACCUGCCAUGGCAAGUGGACAAUGCUCGCCUCGAGCAGGUCUUCAGUGAACACGGCAAGGUGGUGGAUGCCAGGGUUGUUUAUGACCGGGACACUGGCCGUUCACGUGGAUUUGGCUUUGUAACAAUGUCUAGUGAGACAGAAGUCAAUGAUGCGAUCGCUGCUCUUGAUGGACAGAGUUUGGAUGGGAGGGCAAUCAGGGUCAAUGUUGCUGAGGACCGACGUAGGCGUGGCUCGUUUUGAUUUGAGAUGAGUCUUGUUGGAUGGUUAAAAUGUGCUUUCAAGUCUAGUAGAAUUGUUAUGGUAGAGAAAAGUUCGGUGUUAUCUUCAUUGUUCUUUCCAUCUCUCUCCUUGUUUCAUUCUUUGUUUCUUUUGUGAUGAUUUUUUCUAGCAGCAAGGACAGCUUGUUAUUAAGAGCUGAGAGUUCCCCAAGAAAUUUCUCUUAAUUUUAUUUAUUUUUAUUUUUUUAGUUUUCCUUUUUUUCACUUUUUUACUUGACAGUGAUGUAAUAUUUUGUUACGUUUUAAUUAGUUUAAUGGAUUAGUUCCUAUUAAUGUGAGA